AAUUUUUUACGCAUGUACGAAUUCUCCAUACCAUUGCAUUAGUUACAUACCAAUUCACUCCCUCAUUUAUCUGCAUGUGAGCUCUAGCCACGAGUAUCCCGGACGAGCUCCUACGAGCAGCACCAAAUACCUCUACCAUUGCCGUUACCAUUACCUCCGGACUAUUAUAUCAACCAUGUCCUACGCCACCGAAACACCAUCCGCAGGCGCCGCUCUCAAUGAAAUCAUCUCAACCAUCAGCGCAUACCUCCUCGACACCGUCUCCGAUUUCCAAGACUGGAUCGCGACCCCCACAAUCCGUAAAUGGAUACGUAUCAUCGUGAUCGUGUUCGGAUAUCUAAUGGUUCGGCCAUGGAUCGAGCUGUUCUUUAAGAAGAUGUUUGAACGGCAGAUGGAUAAAGAUGAUGCGGAGCGGAAGAAGAAGAGGGAAGAGGAGGAAGGAUUUUUGGCGGAGGGGGUGGAGAAGGCGAGGAAGAGUGGGAAUAGUUUGAGGGUUGGCGGGGGCCAGGAAGAGGAGGGGAGUGAGGAAGAGGCAGAGGAGGAGAAGAUUAAGGCGAGUGGGGUGAUGGAGUGGGGUAGGGGCGCGAGAAAGAGGGCCAAGAAGGUUGAGAAGAAGAAAUUGAAGGAGCAGAUGACUGAGGAGGAGUUGUUGGAGUUGUUGGAUUGGAGUGAGUCGGACGCUGAGGGGGAGAAGAAGGGUGCUGCUUAGGGGGAUGGGAUUGAUGUAUUAUUGUAUAGUAGAAGUAAUAAAUCUAAUAUUCCGAUUUGAACAGGAUGGAUGAUGGAGAAAUAAUGGGAUGUAGGUGGUGAUGGCAUGAUCGUUUAUUCUUCUAUCUAAACUAACUACUGCACCAACUACUAUGGUUAACCAAGAAUACCGC